AUGGACCAGACCAUAACCCAAGGGCAACCGGCCCAACCAGAAACCGAAGAUCUCCUCGCCUCGAAUACCACAAUGCCAUCGUUCCGGGCAACAGGACGGAUACUACGCUCAGCCUCGGUCAGUACUGUCACGAGACUGCUCGACUACAAUCCCUCCGGUGGAAUGUGGCAGGCGACCGGCACAGCUAUCGCGCACGCCCCAAAUGUGACGGAUCUGAGAUCAUCCAACGAUGUUUUCUUUGACGUACACGGUCGAGGUGUAAGACGAGCCAGCACGCAAGAUUCUGUCAGCGGAGCGGUAGUCCGGAGAGCGACGGCGCCUACGAUAGAACUGGGAGCCUUCCAGGAAGAGAAGAGCAUAGCUGCACCGGUCGAAAGCCUACCUGAAUUUCAACCCAAUCACAGCAGAAGUAAUCAAGACACCAUUGCUUCCAAGGUGUCUUGGGGCACAGCCUUCAAGAAAGCUGCCCUUGCAGCAUGGAGAUUCAUUCUUACACCCACAGGCUUUUUCAUCUUAAUUUAUGGUCUCAACGUUAUCGCCUGGGGUGCUAUGUUAUUUUUCCUCUUAUUGGGCGUUGGCUCCAUGAGUAAAGAACGCAAAGAAAUAUGGAUUGAAAUUGAUUCUCAAAUUCUCAAUGGGUUAUUCUGCCUAACCUCCUGGGGGCUGGCGCCGUGGCGGAUUCGCGACACAUAUUGGCUGCUGAUGUGGCACUUUGGCUCAGCCAACACAUCCAAGAAAUCAAUAAUGCAUCUGGCAAAGCGGAACUCGAGUUGGUAUAGAAUGCGAGAUUCUGAGGAGUCAGGUGGUGACGAAAUGGGGCCCCGGAGACCCUGA